GUGUGUGUGUGUGUGUGUGUGUGUGUAUCUCCCACCCAGGAUUUAGGCUAUUCCCGGCUACGCCACUGGAGGAGCAGAUGAGGGCGGGUACAAAAGGGGAAGCACUACAGCUGACGUCAGAAUCUUGCUACAAAGAUAAGCCGUGAGGUUUGACAUUAAGUACAAUGUUCGUCGUUGUAGGAUGAGCGACUAAGCCCCAGGCCUCCUGUCACCGCUGAACACGAAAGGCAAGGCAAGACGGCAAGUUUCACCUUUCACUCCAUAGGACAGUGCAGAAAUUAUGAGAGGACUGACUGAGACCAUACGGCGUUGCGCGUAAUGAAGGGCAGUCCGAAAUAACUCGUCAACUGUAGGUAAGGCUGCGGUCGUAUGAACGUAGAGACAGAAAAUGGGGAUGGAUCUGCUCGUGACACUUCAAAUACUACCCGGUUUCUUUUCAAACUGUCUGUUCCUUGCCCUGUACGACUCCAUGGUUCUCGUGAAGCGCAUUGUGUCGUCUCUCAGCCGCUCCAGGUCCGCCGGCUCCGGAGAGUGGCGGCGUAUGUUAACCUCAGCUGGACUCCGCUCCAUCUGGAACAGCUUUCUUCUUGACGCCUACAAACAGGUGAAACUUGGCUGCGAGGCACCUAACUCCAAAGUGGUGAAAGUGCCUGAUGGCCUUCAAUGGAGCAGCAAUUUCAACAAUGUGACUCUGCCACCUGGAGUUCGGAAUGGUGCUGAAUGCCACCUCCUGGAUUUUGAGUCAUCAGAUCGCCCUCUAGUGGUCAAUUUUGGCUCAGCCACCUGACCCCCUUUCAUCAGCCACCUCCCAGCUUUCCGGCAGCUGGUGGAAGACUUUAGUGAUGUAGCUGAUUUUCUGUUAGUGUACAUUGAUGAGGCUCACCCGUCUGAUGGUUGGGUGGUCCCUCCUAUGGGAGCUUGCUCUUUCAAUGUACGGAAGCAUCAGACCCUGGAGGAGAGGCUGGGUGUGGCACGCAAGCUCAUUGACCACUUUUCCCUGCCACCACAGUGUCAGCUGGUGGCUGACUGCAUGGACAACAAUGCUAAUGUGGCCUAUGGUGUGUCCAAUGAACGGGUGUGUAUUGUGCAACAGAGAAAGAUUACCUACCUGGGUGGUAAGGGGCCUUUUUUUUACAAUUUGAAGGAUGUGCGGCAGUGGCUGGAACAAAGCUAUGGUAAACGGUACAAGUAAUUAAAAGUAGGACAUGUUCACUUUCUCAUCUGGAAAAGAAGAGAACACAUGGUUUUGUAGAAGCAUAAGAGGAAAAAUCAAAAGGGUUGUUAUGGUGAUAUCAAGAAUCAAGUUCCAGAGUUGUGAAUCAACUUCUUUGACUUCUGAAAUGAGGCUAACUUUUGCCAUUGCAGUCAACAUGAACAUGUGUAAGGAUCUGCUGGAGGAAACACUGAUGAUCCACUGAUUGGAUCUGCUGGAGGAAACAUGCAAAGUUGACAGUAUAAGUUCACAUUUUUUGUAUGUAUUAUACUACAAAUAGUUUUUAAAAUUUAAUAAUUUUAUAGAGAUUUGAAUAUUACAGUUUAUCAGUGCGAUCUGAUGUUUUUAUGGACUAUGUCAACAAUUUAAUUUUAUUUAUGAUCUUUAGUUACCCUCUUUUCUCUUUGAAUUAUAUGUAUGUAUAUAUGUACUGUUAUACUGUACAUACUGACCAUUGUGCUUUAUCUGAAAACUACAUUUUUACCUAUCCAUACAGUAAGUGUGUCCCCCGUGGAAGUUUUUUAUGUUUUAUUGUUUUACAAUAUUGAAGCAAAGUUUGUUUUAGCUUGUUUGACACUGAUCAACAGGAAAACAUUGUGGAAUGCACCUUUAUCAAUAAUUCCAGCCUUGAGACAGUGCAGAUGUGUCAGACUCUGCUUGCUCUGUCAGGUUGUAUAGGGAUAGUGAGUGAACAGCCAUUAAAAGUCCAGCGACAAAUUGAGAUCAGAAGCUGUAUUCACAGAUAAUCUUGUCUUACCACCAGCAGUCUUCUUAAAUAACACAAAGAAAUUCUAGCUAAAAGUUUCCUCUUAAAGAUCAAUUCACAAAGGUACCGAGAGUAACUUUAAGUAAAGAACAGAGAAUUCAUGAAAUAAGAGAAGGAUUGACCCUGUUAUGGAUGACAUUGUGUUUCAUCAAUUAACUUAAUAUUGCUUUAGUGAUUGGUUGACAGAUGUUACAGAAAAUAUUGAUCGAUGUAAAGGAAUGUGAUAGAAUAGAUGGAUAGAUAGAUUUCAUGAACAAGUAUUUUAAAUGUUUUAUACGCAGUCACACAUUUCAUUAGUAAAGUAGAUUGUAUUUGACAUCAACACCAUCUAUGUUGAAUCUGAGAUAUUUAUUUCAGUUGACUGAACAAAUAUGAAUUCUUAUGCUUAGACUUGUCUUGCUGCCACCACCCUGCUCAUGGUGGCAGUGCUACCAUGAUGUGCAGCGUCUACUGCCAGAUAUUGAAUUUGGUCCAAAAGCUCAAUUUUGAUCUCAUCAGACCAGAUAACUCUCUGGCAGAAUGCAGCAGAGUGACCUUCUCUGUCACUCCCCCAUAAAACUACGACUGGUGAAGCAACCAGGCAGCUGUUUAUUGUAUGCACAGUCUCCAAUUUCAGUCUCUGCAGGUUGCAACUCCUUCAAAGUUGACAUGACUCACUAGUACUCUUCUAGCAUGCUCACUCACCUUUUGUUAAGUUACGACUCUUUACAUUUUUUACUGAUUGAUUUUUUUAUGUACACCAAACGGGAUUACAUAAUAUUUUUCUUGUAUACAUCCAUAACUUCUGCUUUUAUUUAAUCUUUUUGUGCUUGUUUGAAGUAUUCCUUCCUCAUGGUGCCAUGUUGUAUAACUGAUCAAAAAUUGGACCUUCCAGAUACAAGUGUAUUUCUACUACAAACAGUUGGAGCCCCUUCACUACACACUGGUAAUCUCCAUUUAAUUAUGUUAUCUAAAAGUGAUUAUUUAGGUAUGUCAUAUUAAAAGGUGUUAAUAAUUAUGCAAACAUGUAGUUUUUAUUUUAAUAUUUGUAUAAAUUAUCCUUUUCUUUUGAUCAGUGUCAAACAACCCAAAUUCAAUUUAAGGAUUAUAAAACACUAAGACACAAUCUUCAAAAUGUAUGCACAUUUAUGUAGUUUAUAACAUGAUAUUUUGCAUUUCCCGUCAUUAACUGUCAUGUCAUUUUCUAUAUGUAUAUAAUGUGCUUUAAAAAUUAUUAGGGCACAUUAGGUCCCCAACAGUGAGGAGAAAUGUGGACAUUCUUUAACUUUUUAUGUGAUGAUUGCAGCACCACAACUCCUGUGUCUUAGACAAAACGUUCAUAUAUCACUAAAUUGAUUUGCUAGAAACAUUAAGAAGGAAACAUUUGCUGCCCACAUUGUUUUCUGGCAACAUCGAUUCCACUCCAGGAAGUUAAUAAGUAAACUUUUAGCAUUCAGUGUGAAUAUUAUGUAAGUUCAUCACCAUUUAUAGUUUGGCCUUAUGUCUCCUUAAAAUACAUAAUUGCUGUGCAGAUCAGUGAUAUGUGGUAUACAAAUAUAUAUAUAUAUAUAUAUAUAUAUAUAUAUAUAUAUAUAUAUAUCUUUUACACAUUGUUUCUUGAUAAUAUGCAAGAUAAAAAUUCUACAGCGGGACAGUGUAACCAGCUUUAAACUCCUGAGGGUAUUGGUGGUGGGUGACACUAUUACCAGAUAGCGAAUUAGAUGCAUUCAGUUUGCAUUGAAUGUAUUUGGAAUGAAGCAAUCUCACAACAGUGGAGGUGUUACAGGGAUUUUACGAUGACAUUUUCUAAGAAGUAUCUUAAGUGCAAUUAUAUCUACAACAAAUUAUCCAUAAUUUGGACUAUAAUGGUCCAUAAUUUUGGUCUUAAUUCAACACACCACCAUACCAUACCUACUCCAACUCAACAUGUAUAAACACAUUUUCCCAAAAAAGCGGCCCAGUCCAAAAGGGACAAAUAGAGAGAACACCAACACUGGCAGCAUGGUGCUUCAACAAUUAAUGAACACAUUUAUACACAGAAACAAAUUAAUAAAAUCAUUGUUUUAGAACCAAAGAUUUAUUCAUAUUUAACAAACAUUUCUAUCAUAUUGACAAAGAAUUUUUCUUGCACUCUCCAUAUAAAUACAUCAAUUAGAGCUGUACCCAAAUAACAUUGAGCGAAAUUUCAACUGGGUCUGACUCAGAUUUCGGUUCAGUCCAGGUUCAUAAUUAAGUUUCAAAAUAGGUGUAUUUUCCUUCUAUGUCUCAGAACGAGACUACUCCGAUUGAAAUGUGAGGUUUUUAAUUACAUGAAACUAUUUAAUACUCUUUGAGUAUUAAAUAUUAAAUUUAAAAAUGAACAUUUUAAUAAAUAAAUAAUAUUAACAUGUUAAGGGCAGAAAGUGUGUGUGUGGCCAAGAUGAGUAGAGAGGUCAGUCGUACCGAGGUGAAACUCUAUGGGACACAGAUGCUUUGUUCUGGUCAUAAUGACAAAGGUGUACAAAUGAAAACCUGCGAUGAAAGAGUCCCUGGCUCAGUCUCUGGUUGGAUAGUAAACCACACCUGGUCAACAUGAGACACAACCAUUGCAUCUGUUUUUUUUGUCAAUCUGCUACUGAUUAUGUCUCAGUCACUGAUAAAGACAUCUGUUUUCCAUUUGAUCUAUUGCGCUUUUUAAUACUGUAUAAAGUUGCAAUAUUCUAUUUUUUUAAUAUGUCAACGAGAGAAAUAAAGUGAAAAUAAAGGAGAAUGUUUGCUGCUUAAAA